CGGGGGAGGGGGGGGGAAAGCCGUAGCUAGAUCGGAGUAGAGGAUCCCGCAGGCAGAGGGGCACUUCUCUGUCCCGGUGGGGAGCAGGCGGUAGGGGGAAAGCCUAGCCUCUGUGGGGGGAGUAAACGGUAGGGGGUGUCCCUGUCUUCUGUGGGGAGUAGGGAGCGAUCCUAACCCCGUGGGAGGAGGCGAUUCUAGCCCCUGUGGGGGAAGUAGGCGGUAGGGGGUGGCCCUGUCCUCUGUGGGGAAGUAGGGGGUAACCCUGGUCCCUGUAGGGGGAAGCAGGCUGUAGGGAACGAUCCUAGCCCCUGUGGGGGAGCAGGUGGUAGUCUGACCCUGGCCCCUGUGUGUGGGGAGGGAAAUAGGCGAGAAUAAGUCUGUGCCCUGAGUGGGGGGACUAGACUGCGGGGGAUGGUUGUGGCCCCUGGCAGUGGGAGUAGAGUGUAACUGUCCCAGCAAGGGGGGGAUUAGGCUGUAGAGGAGGAUCCUGAUUCCCAGAUGGGAGGGGACUCCUGUAGGUGGGCAGGUUUCCCUGUCCCAUAAUCAUCUUGAUCUGGGGAGACCCCUGCGAGCCAGGACCCUCAGCCUGGUCUUACAGCACCCUUCUAGGAAGAUGCCUGUGUUGUGAAGGGCCCCAGCUGGGCAGGGGCUCACUAGAAGCCUCCACCAGCCUACGACCCAGCAUGGAGCCACUGAAGAACCUGCUGCGGAAGGGUGCCUGGGGGCCCGAGCGGAGUGGCGGAGCAGCCUACGCCAACCCAGUGUGGACAGCACUCUUUGACUAUGAGGCAGCGGGCAGUGACGAGCUCAGCCUGCGCCAGGGGGACCGCGUGGAGGUGCUGUCAUGGGAUGCCACCGUGUCCGGUGAUGAAGGUUGGUGGGCAGGCCGGGUACGGAGCCAAGUGGGCAUCUUCCCCUCCAGCUACGUCUCCCUGCAGCCCGUCGGCUAUGGCGACGGUCCAGUUCACGCUGACUUCCGGGAGCUGCGGCUGGAGGAGGUGAUUGGGGUGGGGGGCUUCGGCAAGGUGUACCGUGGUACCUGGAAGGGUGAGCUGGUGGCUGUGAAGGCAGCACGCCAGGAUCCAGAUGAAGACAUCAGUGCGACAGCAGAGAGCGUACGCCAGGAGGCCCGUCUCUUUGCCAUGCUGCGCCACCCCAACAUCAUCGCCCUCAAGGCCGUCUGCCUGCAGGAGCCCAACCUGUGCCUGGUGAUGGAGUACGCAGCCGGGGGCCCACUCAGUCGUGCGCUGGCCGGGCGCAGGAUACCCCCCCAUGUGCUGGUGGAUUGGGCGGUGCAGAUCGCCAGAGGCAUGCAGUACCUGCACUGUGGGGCCAUCGUACCUGUCAUCCAUCGUGACCUCAAGUCCAACAACAUCCUGCUGUCUCAGCGCAUUGAAGAAGGGGACAUGAAUGGGAAGACGCUGAAGAUCACAGACUUCGGGCUGGCACGAGAGUGGCACCGCACCACCAAGAUGAGUGCAGCUGGCACCUAUGCGUGGAUGGCACCUGAGGUGAUCAAGGCAUCUACCUUCUCCAAGGGCAGUGAUGUCUGGAGCUACGGCGUGCUGCUGUGGGAGCUGCUGACCGGGGAGGUCCCAUACCGCGGCAUCGAUGGACUGGCCGUGGCCUACGGCGUCGCCGUCAACAAACUGACACUGCCCAUCCCCUCCACCUGCCCCCAACCCUUCGCCCAGCUCAUGGCAGAGUGCUGGGACCAGGACCCCCAUGGACGGCCCAGCUUUGACUCCAUCCUGACCCAGCUUACGGCACUGGAGGCUCAGGUGCUGGAGGAGAUGCCCCAGGACUCCUUCCACUCCAUGCAGGAUGACUGGAAGCUGGAGAUCCAGGGCAUGUUUGAUGAGCUGCGAGCCAAGGAGAAGGAGCUGCUGAGCCGGGAGGAGGAGCUGCAGCGGGCAGCGCUGGAGCAGAAGUCCCAUGAAGAGUUCCUGCGGCAGCGGGAGCACCAGCUGGCCCAGUGGGAGCUGGAGGUGUUUGAGCGGGAGCUCACCCUGCUCAUCCAGCAGAUGAACAAGGAGCCUCCCAACGUGAAGCGCAGAAAGGGCACUUUCAAGAGGAACAAGCUCAAGGGACGGGACAGCGAGAGGAUCAGCAUGCCCCUGGAUUUCAAACACCGCAUCACAGUACAGGCCUCCCCCGGGCUGGACAAGAGGAAGAAUGUCUUUGAGGUGGGGGCUGGAGGCUCCCCGACCUUCCCACGCUUCAGAGCCAUCCAGUUGGAGCCCGCAGAGAGCAGCCAGAGCUGGGGCAGACAGGCAUUGCGCCGCACAGAGGAGUCCUGGAAUGGGGAGCGCCGCCCUGGCAAGAACUGGGGUCCUGGAUCCCCGAAGCCCUGGGAGGGCAGCACCCAAAAUGGCAGAAGGAGAUCCCGGCCAGAUGAGACGACCUGGUACUUUGACCCAGAGGAACCCAAUUCUGUGGAGCUGGCCCCACCCCAGCAUGCCCUGAAUGGUGAUAUCCCAGCUCCAGGCCCCAGUGGGACACAGGAGUCUGAGGAGCAGCGGGCACCAGCUCCGGAGCGGAUCAGCACCCCUAAGCUCAUCCAGAAAGCACUGCUGAGGGGCACAGCGCUGCUGGCCUCUCUUGGACUGGGCCGAGACCUGUCCCAGGCCCGAAGAGAGGAGAAGGGUGAGCCCCCGCCUGCACCUACACCCCCACCAUCCCCUGAGCUCAUUCGCUUCUCCCCCAAGGACACACACUGCCCUGCCUUGCUGGUGGAGCUCGACCAGGGAGAGCCAGCCCAGAUGCCAGGGUCCAUGGAACAGAGCCAGGAAAGGCCAGGCCAGACACCAGGGUCCACAGAACAAUGCCAGGACCGGCGGACGCCAGGGUCCACAGAACAGAGCCAGGAGGGGCUGGCCUGGACGCCACAGUCCAUGGAUCAGGGCCAGGAGGGGCCAGCUCGGACACCAGAAUCUGUGGAGUUGCUCAUUGACCUGGUCCCAGGUGGUGACAGAAGGUCCCUGACCCCCUUGUGGAGUGAGAAGUCACCAAAGAGCCCACGACAUGAGGAGGAAUGGAGUCCUGGCAGCAGGGCAAAUAAGUGGGGUGGGGCCCUCCCAUCCCCCUCAUCCCCCUGCAGCCCCCACUCGCCUCCCCCUUCCCCACACACCAGCCUCAUCUCCCGUCCUCGCCCCUCCCCUGUGCGGAGCCGCAUUGACCCCUGGAGCUUUGUGUCGGCUGGGCCCCGUGCUUCCCCGGCCCAGUCACCCCAGCCAGAGCCACGCCGUCAUCGAGCGGCAACCCCUGACUCCAGCAACCCCUUCGUGACCUCCGACCCAUUCUUCCAUCCCUCACCGCAACCUUUUGACUUGGAGACCUUUGACCCCUUUGCCUCAGCACCCAGAUUGACCAGUCCUUCCUGCCGCCUGGACCAUGGCCAACUCAGUCCAUACCCCUCGCCCCCUCCACGCCACUCACCUGGUUUUCAUGCCCGUCAGGACCAGACCAAAGAGAAACACCCCCUGCCAUGGUGGGUGGCCAGAUCCGCACAGGAGGAGAGCAGAGUUCCAAAAUGAAACAGGCGACGCAGGAAGUCCCACCCUCUUUGGACAGUUGUACACAGGAAGUCCUACAAGGAAAGUGGGUGAUAUUGGGAAUUCCACCCUACACGGACUUUGCAUGGAGGAAGUCCAGCCCUCUUUGGACAAUUGCACACUGGAAGUCCUGCCCUCCUUGAGCUCUGGGCACAGAAAAUCCCAUCUCGCAUCAAUCGUUGUACUAGAUACAAGGCUCAGGUUGGGGGUGGGGAUCUCUGUGUUGGAUGUUUGGGGUGAGUGGGAGGAGCUUUUGCUAUACACUGGAGAGGUGGGGGGAGUUCUGGGGGCUCCUAGGGAGUAACUGGGGCACUUCCCCACACCUUAAAGAAAAGACUAAUAGUGGCUUAGGCACCCUCUGAGCCAGGUGCCAUGAUCACUGUGAUCCCCAAUCCCCAGCUACAUGUGACAUGAGGUAGUCUGGUCUCUGCCAAACUCCCACUCCUUGUUCUCAGAGACACUGCUUAGGUAAUGAUCACUGCUUGGGAGUGAGGGGCACCAGCAGAGCUGGGAGAGGCCAGGUUUGGGAUAGAAAGGGGCUGCAGGUCAAUAGUGAGGGGCACCAGCAGGGCUGGAGCGCUCAGCCCAUGUGUUUCAAGAACACUAGUAGUGAACUCCCUUGCUCCCAAUGUGGGGUCCUGGUGUCUGGUUGGGACUAAGCCACCCCUCCAAGGCAGCAGCCCCUUUGGUGGAUAGCAGGCAUUUGUCAUAGGGAUGUUCCUGUGUGGGGCUGAUAUGGGAUGAACACCGCCCCCUCCAUUGCUACAUUCCUGAGCAUUGACUGGCUGUAGGUGAGCAUGUGCCUGGGUGUGCAAGCAUCCAUGUGCAUGUAAGGCUGGGAGAUGUGUACUUGGGCAAGUGUGCAAAGCAUCAGCUGGUGCACAUGCGUGCAGCUACCCCAGUGCCUUUGUGCUUGUGUCUGUGGGUGUGUGUGAAGCCAGAAGCAUGGGAGUGUAUGUGACGACUGUUUCGGGUGGGGUCUGAGUGCAGCCUGUGAAGCUGGGCAUGUUUGCCCAUGCAUGGGCCAGAGACAAGUGUGUCUGUGAGCUGGCAUGCCAUUACCUGCUCUUCCAGUUUGCUGCUCCCCCCCUCACCCUGGAGUGCCCAUUAACUCUGUCCCUUCCUCCAGCAGUGAGUUCCUGCCCUGGGGGCAGGGAGGGGGACUGGGUCAUGUCAAUACCUCCUAUAGCUGCACCAAGACCCCAGGCUGGGGAGCAGCCAAAGCUCGGGCUGCCCAUGGAUUGAGACCAAAUAAACUCCCAGCUGCCUCCAGCCACUGCCUGCUGUUUCCGUUCUUGCCCCUGCUUUGGUUCCCCCACACCCAGCUCACUGCUCCAAGGAUCUCAGGGCACCAGUGGGAGAGAGGCUCCCCCAGGGUGCGCUGAGCCCAUGGCAGGCCCUUGAGACACACGAGUGGCUUGGCCACAUUUGCACACCCACUUGGUAUGGGCACAAACCUAGCAGAGUGUGGGGAGGUGCAUGUGGUUGUCCAAAGGCCUCUGGGUGCAGAAAAGACUCAGCUGUGUGCAUGCCCCUUGCAUGUCUACCUGCAUCAGUGCCAAUCACUGCAGCUUUGCAUCGACCACCUGGCUCACAUGGCAGCCCUGGGUGCAUGACACUAUCCGGGCAAGUGUGGCUUUGAGUAUCACUGGGGCAUGGUGCUGACCCAGAUACUGUGUGUGCUCAUGCUUCUGUGCCUACAUGCCUCACUUUGCACCAGCUGCAGGUUGCUGGCAGUGCUGCUAGUGCUGCAGGUCCCUGGCAUGGAAAGGGGGUUGGGAAGUGACUGCUGCACACAUGUGCCAGCAAGACCCUUUUACACAAUGAUCUUAUGUGGGCAAUGGGAUUCAUCCACCACCUCUAGCAUCUGUGGGGCUGUGUUGGGGUCACUGGGCAUGAUCCUAGGUAACUUGGAGAAGUGGAAGAUCAAGUGCCCGAUGGAGGCAACAGCUGCAACAUGGGAAACUCCAGUCCCAGAGCAACAACAGCUGCCAGCCAAUGCAGGAAUCUCCUAGAGCUAUUAGCCACAUGUAGGGGAGCAGCUAUGAGGGGGCUCAUUCUAUCCAGCAGGGACAGACACUCCCAGCCCCUCCAUGACACAUGCUUGCAUAGGGAUAUAUCCCCCUUCCCACGUACACAUGCUUGGGUGGAAUCAGCCUCCCCCUCACAAAUCCUUGGGAACCACUGGGACCUGUGCAGGUGCCCAGCCCCGGCCUGAAGAGUUUUUGCCUCAGGGGGCACUAGGAAGCUUGGAGCAUGGGUACACAGGGAUCCAGUUCUGAUUGCAGAAGAUUGGAUGUGCUGCUAUUAUAUGUACUACUGUAGAACAAAUACCAGGCACUGCAAGCACCCUGGCUGAGAUCAGGGCUCCAGAGAGUGAGGGGGCACAGACCCUCCUCUCCCAGCCAAGAUCAGGGCCCCCGUUGAACCAGACACUGCAUAGAGCCCGUUUAUUUAGACAAGGGUGGCCCUCAGAGACAGCA